AUGCCCGCCAUGCUCGACGACCCAGCCAGCGCCCCCAUCUUUCGCGCAUCAGGCUCUGCACCCUUCCCUUCCCCGCACGACACCAACCUUUCCCUCCCAGAAGACGUCUUCCCACGCCAAGUCACGCUCCGCGACCGAGUAACAAUCGCGACCAUCGUUCCCUUCCCCUCCCCACACCAAGUCCCAGCCUCCCUGCUCGCCUACCUGUCCGACCAACUCAACAAGGAGAUAGAAAUGGGCGACACCUACCCAAUGAUCGACACUAUGUCCGUUGAUAAAUUCGCCUCAUACUGGUUCCAGAACUUCGGCGCCAUCAUGCUCCUUGGCAACAUCGAGUCUCCAGACGAGGUAACAGAAGGAAAAGACUGGGCGCGCGAAUGUCUGGGAAGUUUCUAUAUCAAGCCGAACUACCCAGGACGCAGCUCACACGUCUGCAAUGCUGGCUUCCUGGUCACCGACGCUGCACGAAAUCGUGGCGUUGGAAGACUGAUGGGAGAAUCCUAUCUCGAAUGGGCACCACGACUAGGCUACACCUACUCCGUCUUCAAUCUCGUAUUCGAGACCAACGUCGUGAGUUGUCGGAUCUGGGAUGCAUUGGGAUUCAAGCGCAUCGGCCGCGUCAAAGGAGCAGGAAACCUGAAGUCAUAUCCUGGCCAACUGAUCGACGCCAUAAUCUACGGCCGCGACCUAGGUCCUGAAGGAGAAGACUUCGUUUCCGAGGAGAGGUUCGAUAAAAUUAAGUUCUACCUCAAAUACGGCAAAUACCCGGCUGGGGCAGAUCGCGCAGAGAAAAGUCGAUUGCGGAGCGCGGCAACGCAUUAUAAGCUGCUUCCUGACACGGACAAGCUGAUGCUGAAGGACAAAGAGGUCAUCUCUGAUCCGCAACGGCAGUAUGAAAUUGCUCGGAAUGUACACAUUCUCCAACACGGCGGCAUCAAUAAGACGACUGCCACGAUCGCGGAAAGGUAUCACUGGGUGCGCAUUAAAGAGACCGUCUCUCUCGUCAUCAGGAAUUGCACACAAUGCAAAGAGCUAGGCAAAGCGCCC